GUGAUAUUUCACUUGCCGCCUGGGGCCGAAAAGAAAUUGAAAUUGCAGAAAAUGAAAUGCCCGGUUUGAUGACAUUGCGUCUGAAAUAUGGUGCUAUCAAGCCUUUAACCGGUGCUCGUAUUGCAGGCUGUCUUCAUAUGACAAUUCAAACUGCUGUUUUGAUUGAAACACUCACUUGUCUUGGUGCUGAAGUUGCCUGGAGUUCCUGCAAUAUUUUUUCAACACAAGAUCAAGCAGCAGCAGCUAUUGCAGCAACAGGAGUACCUGUAUUUGCGUGGAAGGGCGAAACUGAGGAGGAAUACACUUGGUGCAUUGAACAAACUUUGCAUGCAUUUAAAGACGGUAAACCUCUUAACAUGAUCCUUGAUGAUGGUGGUGAUCUAACAGUGUUAGUUCAUCAGAAAUAUCCUGAACUUUUGAAUGGUAUAAAGGGCAUUUCAGAAGAAACUACUACUGGUGUACAUCACUUAUACAAAAUGCUUAAGGAAGGAACUUUAAAGGUUCCUGCCAUUAAUGUAAAUGACUCCGUUACAAAAUCGAAAUUUGACAACCUCUACGGGUGUCGUGAAUCUCUCAUUGACGGCAUCAAACGAGCAACUGAUGUACAAAUUGCAGGCAAAGUUGCAGUUGUUGCUGGUUACGGAGAUGUCGGUAAGGGUUGUUCUGCGGCCCUUCGCGGUAUGGGAGCCCGCGUUAUCAUAACUGAGAUUGAUCCUAUCAAUGCACUUCAAGCAGCUAUGGAAGGUUUCGAGGUGACAAAUAUGGAAGAAGCAUGUUCGAAAGGGAAUCUUUUCGUAACAGCUACUGGUAACCGCGAUAUUAUAUUAGGUAGACAUUUUGAGCAAAUGAAGGAUGAUUCAAUUGUUUGCAACAUUGGGCAUUUUGAUAUCGAAAUUGACGUCGCUUGGCUCAAGCAAAAUGCUAUUACUCAUGUGAAUAUUAAGCCUCAAGUUGAUCGUUAUACAUUGAAAAGUGGACGACGUAUAAUCCUUCUUGCUGAAGGAAGAUUGGUUAAUCUUGGUUGUGCUACCGGGCAUCCAAGUUUUGUAAUGAGUAAUUCAUUCACAAAUCAAGCACUUGCCCAAAUCGCUCUCUGGACAGAUAAUUCAUCUUAUCCACUUGGUGUGCACAUGUUACCAAAGAAACUUGAUGAAGAAGUUGCAGCAGCUCAUCUAGAAAAGCUGGGCGUAAAACUUACCAAACUUACUCCAAUUCAAUCCGAGUACUUGGGCAUUAAUCAAGAUGGUCCAUUUAAGUCGGAACAUUAUCGGUAUUAG